UUCAUCUCUUUAUCGCGAUAUUCAAGGGCCAGUUUAAGCCACGUAGGGUAUUUCAACGCGAACUUUGUCGCGGUCUUGUAUUUCGAGUAUCAACGGUCUGUUAUAGAUAGAGGAACUCGCGUGGAAUGUACCGUGUUCGAUUUGUGGACAGCUGCCGCGACCGUUGGGACGCGUGCCCCAAUCGCAACAGCUGCUCCAAUACGAAUGCAUUUCGGUCACAAACAAGCUCUUUAUCGUUCCCUCUUUCUCUCCCUUCCGCGUAUACUAAGAGAGAGAGAGAGAAAGUCGUUGAAGCGUCAGCGUUAACGGCCGAAAAGUCAGGGAACGAACGGAAAGCGUCGGUAUUUUUUUUCCAUUAUUUCGCUCGAUCUCGAUAGCAAGUGAGAAGAAGGAAAGUAUCUUCUCCAUUUCCUUUUUCAAGUGGUAUCUAGUCGGAAACUCGCCUUUUUUUUUUGCAAACUUUCCCGACAUGGCACAUCGUUUAAACUGGUCGAGUGAAAGCGAUGGGAAAAACGAUCGAAAUUGAGAUCAAUUGCGAACGAAGAAGAACUAGCGUAUAAGCGAAAGAUAUUUCGUUUUCGAUCGACGACGACGACGUUUCUUUUUAAAUCAUACGCCGCUAGUGGAGUCGAUCGAUCGUUCUUGCUUUGGUCUCUAGCGCUCUAAGGCGGUGCUAUUUAUCUCGGUUUUACGUAAGAACGAGUUUCGAUGGGACGACGCCUUUAACGAGAUCGUUGUCGCCGAUCGCGAUAAUCGCGAUUCCGCGAUCGAUCAGAAUUCGUUUUUUUGAUGGAAAGUGCAAGCCGUUCUCCUUCGGCUCCGCUCGGUCGAGUUUUCUUUCAUGCCGCGUUAUCGAGAAAGUUUCUUUCUCCUUUUUCCUUUUACUCCUCUCGUUCCAUCGCAGAAUCCAGAUAUAAUAACAACAAAGUUGCAUGGAACUCUUGCGGUCUGUCGAUUUAGGCCAACUUUCUCGGCUAACGUUAAUUACGGGCAAACGAUGGUUAAUCGCUAUCGAUUAUCCAUCUGUUGACUAUGUCAAAAUCAUUAUUAGAAUAACGAUUGUCACGGUAAAAAAGAAAAAUGUAAAUUUUCAAGAUAAUAUGCAAGAAGAGACUAAUGGCGCCAAACAUAGUCGUCCCACGCGUGUCUCUGCACACACACAACCGUGCCAUUUCGUCGAACGAAUGAUAGACCUUUCCGAAUGAUUGACCGAGCGGGGAAUCCGCGGAGAAUACGAUGGUCAUCUAUAGUUUGCGUAUUAUUUCUAUAAACGAUGUACGAGCGAAAAGGUCGAGAGUUAAGGUUUACACGUUUAAACGAGCAACAAUAAAGGUUAGCACGAGCUAGUACGAGCUAUCCUCUCCCCGAGGACCAUGGGGAUAUAUUUCCUCUCUGAAAGUUAUCUUCGAUUCUAACGUAAUAUCCACACUAAAGUCGUGCGAAUUUGCGUAACACCUAACGACCGACUAGAUUUUUCUUUCUUUCAGAAGAUUAUCGAUGAUAUAAAGUAAUUGAAAAGGAAAAGAAAUCGUCGAUGAUUCGCAAUAUUUUGAUAUUUCUUCUAUUUUUUAUCGUGAAACUGCACGAAAGUAACGAUCUGUGUGAAGCGAGCUUAACGUAACACUGGAGGAUACGAGUAUAUCUAUCCGUCGGUCUCUGUUGUCCCUUUCACUGCAAGUCGCUCGCGUGGGAGGUACGUAGAGAAGUUUGUAGCAAUUUCAACCGAGACUAGUACUUUACUCGUAUCUCUCAGUUACCAUUCAAACGUCUACCGUGAAAGAUCUCUUUUACGUUACGAUCGGCAAAUUAUCUUGAUAAAUUUUCUCGGCUCGAAUGACCGAUCGUGUCAUAUGCGUGAAACGCUUAAAAGAUAUUUAACGAACUCGCGAGAGAGGGGGAAGGGAGAGAGAGAGAGAGAGAGAGAGAGAGAGAGAGAGAGAGAGAGAGACAGAGUUGAUCGCGCUUGCACCGCGCGCGACGUAACAACGAUAAUAAAAUAUUUUACGGAAUAUCCGUUCUCGAAGGAGAACGACUGUGAAACGGAAGCGACGUCUGAACAAAAAAGACUCGGAGAAUAAUCGCGUCGCUUCACAAUCGGUCGCACUUGCAUAACGUUAAUUAAGGGAAAAGAAUGGAGGCAAGGAGGAUUAAGAAAUUGUUACGCCUCUGUGAGAUCCUCGUCUGAUUGGCUGUCUAAGCGAAUAGAAUAUCUUUCUACGUUCCUAGAGAUUGCAAAUUCGCGAUAGAAAGCGAAGAGAGUAUAUUUCUUUUAUCCGCGAUCGAAUUUAAAAGCGCAUCCUUCUGCGUUCAGAAUGAGCCCGAUCGAGCAGGCAAAGACCCUCGGCUCGCUCGAGCUUCGCGUGUGACGCGCGUCAUGUGCGGAGUGCAUAAUCGACUCAACCAAGACGCAUCUGACGCAUUCAAAGGCGAAAAACAAUGGAAAACGUUUACGUGAUAAAAGUGAAGACGAAGCCGGCUCUCUCGUCGUUGUACCCGUCGGAACGACGUUAUUCGGCUUCAACCGUCGGUGGCCUUGCCCUGGUACAUUUUGGCUUAGGCGCCCUUUCCCUACUUCUAGGCACCCUGGCGCUCUCCGUUCAGGGAGCGAUAUUAUCGAUAGCCUGUUUGGUACCGUUCGUCGCGGGACUCUUAGCCUGGAGAAGGUGGUACAUCGAUCGAAAUAUAACCAUUUUCUUUUCUGCAAAUCUCUUCUCGUUGCUGGCGGCCGUCCUUUGCCUCGUCGUGACCAUCCUCGAUAUCGCUGCUGUUGCGGAGACCAAUAAUGGAUCUCUCUGGCCUAUGGAAAAGAUUCUUCGUAGUUCGAGCGAUCCUUUCGUUAUCGAUAAUAAUAACAACGUCACCGCUCUCGUCGAGGAGACCACGAUGAAAGUAGAGAAAUACGUUAACGAAAGCGACAGGGGACUCGCCUACGACGAUCUCAAGGGAGAAAGUUCUAUAUUGUACGAAAGAACCAUGCCUGUCUCGGGUAACGAGCUGGAAAAGGAAUCGGAAAAUAAGAGCAAAGAAGUACCCCUUGACAGAGACAAGGUUUUAUCCUUUUGGCGAAAGGAUCGGAUCGGCGAAUCCUCGCAAACGGAAACGCUACUUAAGGUGAACGUACUCGUUGCUUCUCUUUUGGAAGUAUUUUGGUCCCUUCUCAGUGCGAAGAUAGCUCUACGUGGUAUGAUGAAUCGAUUUCCGGACAUGGAUUACGGUAACAACAACGUCGUUAACGACAACGAUUCGAAGAGGGUCGCUUCUGCGGGACACAAGAGAAAGCAUCCACCACCACCGAGACCGGAUAUAUUGGAUCACGAUCAUGGAUUAUCCGAUAGCGCGUUAAAUAUCAAUUCUAUGAGCUCCGUUCAAAGCGCUGCACCGAAUCCUGCACUUCCCUUACCCGAAUCUAGCAGAGAGUUUCGUGAAAGGGUCGAAAGAUUCUUAGCGAAUCAAGCAGCUCUCAGAAUCGUCGAGGGAUCCUGUACGUAAUUAAUACGAAGAGGAAGAUGCAAAAGAGACUUGAUUCGUUCACCGCGAUCUCAAAGUAUUACGAUUAUUCUCCUUAAGAUAUAAGUAGAUAGGUUGUUAUAACAGGGUAUACACCAUAUAUACGAUACAUAUACAAUAUAUGUAUAUAUCGUUAUCGUAAGGAUAAAUCGGUUAAUUACUUGUCCCCGAAGUAGACGACUAAAAAUAUUCUCUAAGCUAGUUAUACUUACGUAAUCGGUGUCUGGUAACGGAACGAAGUAAAGCCGCCGCCGCCGGCACGUCUCGGCAGACUCGUGUACGGUUAAACGACGGUAAUUAUUUGUAACGAGCGUACGCUCUAAAAGAACGAGCUUCUAACGUCUUCUCGUACCAAUGCCGAACAACUCCUCGGGAUUACUUUAUCAGCGGGCUGCGAUCUCGUUAAUUAAGCGUUCCGCGCUUCGCUUUAAUGAAACUUUUAAGCGUGCAAUCUCGCGUCUACGAUGCUUAUAUUAAUAAUUAUUGUAACCGUGUGAUGCCGCGCCACUGCCUGCGCGAUAUAUUGUAUUUAUCAAGGCCUCGGUUUUAACCGUGAUAUUGGUCUGCUCUGAUUCCUGAUAAUCGAGGAAUCUCCUUUGUAAAUCAUUCUCGAUGUUUUUUAAAUUUGAAUUGGGAAUCGUCUAUGCGUACAAAUUACAAUUGUCUACAACAGUUACGUUCACAAAGCGAUCUUUUAGCGUUUUUACCAGCGAGUCUGCAAUCGCGAUCGUACGAUCGAUUUUGAACGGUAACGUGCCAGCUUGCCUCCUUCUUGCCGUAAUCCAAUGCAUUGCGACAGUUCGACUCUCGCGAGGCCCCGUUGCGAAAUCUUAUAAUCUGAUAUUGGCCAAUGCUAGAGGCGCUAGAGUUCAAAGUAAAGAAAAAGACAAUUGCGAAUAAUGGCAGCUCUAACUUGGAUCCCGGCAUUCCUCUUUCGAUAUACUUUUCCUACGUGCUUUCAUCGAACUUCCAUUCUACGCGAUUUUCUCUCUCUCUCUCUCUCUCUCUCUCUCUCUCUCUCUCUUUCCUCCUUUUUCUUACAAAACAAAGCUUUAUUCUCUGUAAUCGUUAAUUACAUUGUUUCACGGCGCAUUGGGUUUUCUGUUAUCUACGUUCUUCCUUUCUCUUUCUUAAGGUACACUUCAUCGAGUAAACAACGUUAAACUAUUUCUUCAACUAUCCAACCUUUUUCAUUGUCUAUCUACCUGCGCAUCUAGUUCUCUCCGUCUCAUCUAUUCCUUGCGAUAUAAAAUUAUGCCAUUUAUGAGUUUAACUUCUUGACGAUCGACAACGGGAAAUAGAUGAUCGAUAAUAUUUCUACCUAUUCCUAAACGCGAUCGUUAUCCUUGGUCCACCUGAAUUGUGUACAGUACGUAUGUGUUUAUUACGUAGGUACUUGCUUACGCGCCGAAAGAUGUAUAUAUCUUUAAAAGCUUGGUAAGUCGAACGAAAUCGAAUGAAAGUAACGAUUGUUGAGCGACGUAGCGCGUCAACGUCGAGUUUUUAAAGCGCGAGAGAACUUUUUUUAAACGAGUGCGCACACGUUCAUUGAAACAAAAUAUUUGACUACUAAUCAUAAGUAACGGUAAGAGUCGUUCGAUAACGACUUCAUCGAGAACAAUUAAUAAGCGCUCGAAUUAAUUAAGGCUAAAACAUCUAACGAGAUAAUGGCAAGAGUAAAGCACACUUUUGUACAUGGACGUUUCCUUUAGCGAUAUAUCGGAUGAACGACGACGAGGAUCGUCGAAGGGUCCAAUGAGCGACGCACAAACGCGCACUCACACAGACGGAGACCACAUACCAAUAACCCAUUCGCGACAAUUACCUAAUUAAAGUCACAGUUGCGUCUACGUGUGGCAUUCGUUAGUACAUCGGACAAGCCUCUUUCGUUCGUUGGUUUUUAUUACAAUGUUCGUUUAGAAAAUAAAGGUGUAACUUUCCUUCUUACGAUAUACUUAAAUAAUAGUAACGAUUACUACGAGCAACCAUGAGCGACAUCGUUGAGUUCACUAUUAAUUAUCCUACAUCUCUCUACGUUAUUUACUAUUUCCUCUAACUAGACUGAUCUCGUCUUCCAUCGAAAAUGAAUACAUUAAAUAGCGCGCACCUUGGCAUUAAAGAAUAAUUUUAUAUAUGGCAACGUCGUUUCAGUCUCCAUCGUCGAAGAUCGAGGAUACGAACGAAAAAGAUCGACGAAAGUUUGCUCGCGUUCGAUCUUCUCAACUGAUCCAAAUCGUUCUUAAAUACGCGAUUCCUCUACCUCCAUCCUCUGAUUCUCUCCUUUCGAAAAAAAAAAAAGAAAAGAAAAAAGAAAGGGAAACCGAUUACACGUUAACCGGUCGAACGUUAUCGUCCGAUUGUUGUUGCUCGGCACUUUGCCAGCCAGAAUCCAAGGUCGUGGAAUCGCUCAAACAACACUGAGGUGCCUCCUCUUCCUGACCGCUGUGAUAGUCCCUGUAAUCCCUGUCCCUUGGACGAUCAGUCUCCUCCUCUCUGAAGUAACUCGACGUGGCAGCCUCUUCCUCAAGCUCUUCGUCUUCUUUCGGCGCAUAAUACGAAUAACGAGCUUGUUGAAUGACCUCGUAUUGAGCAUCGGGUGCCAAAAAGGGGCCCCUAACGUUUCUAGGCUCGUCGCUAUUGGCAUAACUAUCGGACGGUAUGUCGCCACCGUCCGAGGGCAACGGAAGAGGAAGUCUCGAUCGUUUCGACAACUGUCGUUUGCCCAAACGAGCUGCCAAAUAAUCCACCCCUUCCGAAUGUUCGGUCCCUGAAACCAAUCGAUCGCCGAAAAUCAUUGUCUGUCGAUCAUCUUAUUGGAUGCAAUUUACAUGAAGAAAACAAAGAAAAAAGAAAAAAAAAAAAAAAAAAAAAAAAAAAAAAAAAAACGAAUAUCUGCCCAAAAGAAAUUUUACCUUCUUUCUCAACAGCCAGAUCAUAGAAGCUACUCUCCGGGCCGCAACAAGAGGAAACAUCGCCAAAAUACAAUUCGCUUUCGGAUUGUUUCGCAGCGGGAUUGGGUUCCUGUUGAAAAGCUCCAUUCUCGACGCCUUCAGGGGUUUCCUAGCUCUCCUACCCUUCAUAGUCCCGUCGUUUCCGCCCUCGGGAUCGGUACUAUUCGAUAUCUCUUCGGCGUUCUCGUAAUUGUCCGAGGGACGUUUCGUCGAUCUCGAUCUGUGAUCUGCAAGGGAACGAUAUUACGAUUAAGAAUUAUCGUCCCGGAUAAGAUUGAGAAGCUUUCGUUGGUGUCUAACCUUCGUUGUUGUCAAAAUUAUCGUUCUCUGCUCAUUCUCGGCCUCGCAUCCCGUGACUUGCGGCCUACGAGCUGGACUGUGUUUGGAUCGCUGUAAGCGGCGGCGGGCCCCCAGAGAGGAACCGGUGUCUCCAAAACGCUAUAAGACGCUGUACUCGUCGUAUAGGGUCCAUUGGGUGUAUUAAGAACGGAAUAAGGGCCGCUCGACUGUGAAUUUAGGCGCUAUAAGGGCCAGCCGCGUUGUCGGCGUUAGUCUCGGCCCUGUCUCGUUUGCGUGUGGAAGCGUAAUUCGAGUCGGACUACGGCGCUGGUCCUCUCGAUCUAGACACCACGGUAAUCGCCACCGUCUGAAAUAACGACAAUGCAUUCAGUUCUGAGUUGUCUCGUGGACGUUAGAUGGGACGCGAGACAUGAGAUGAGAAUGGCAAAAAGCUGGACGCGCGUCACGGUGGGUCCGUGCAAAAAUCACCGACGACUCGUAGAUCGUAUCACGCGGCGUCUCUAACGUUGUACGUUUUUAUUAUCGCGAGGCCUCCCCGUAGCCAAACGCGUUUAUCGUCGCUCGUAAUUUAUUUCCGUAGAACGAAGAAAUACCAAACGGAAUGCCGACUUUAAUCGAUUCCAUACAUUAGCGGUUUACCCGAAGCUCUCGACGGGACCGACGUCUCGUUUAGGAGUUUAUCUCACUCUCCUUUCACGAUAUUCGUGGAAUUUGCCAACCGGAGAGAAGCCCGAACCGGUGGUUAUAGGUACGAAAAAGUAGUCGGUUGCGUCCGUAGAAAAUCAAAAGUAGAAAGUCCCUACUGCGCGAAUCUGUUUAGGGACGUUACCUCGAAGGCGCCAAGUCCGGAUUCGGCGUGUAGAGAUUUCCUGGCGUUUGGGCCCACCACGGACUGGCCCCGCCGCAAUCGUUGCAACAUCCGCAGGAAGCGGUCGGUGGGCCGACCGGCCCGCCUUGACCGUACAACGAUCUGCAUCUGAGCUCCAGCUGUUCCCAAUACAUCUUUUUCUUUUCAUGACUCAGUAACUGAUAAACCAACAUGCAGGAGAAUAUGCAGGCAAGUAUCCCAGCUACCGAGACACCGAAAAGGGCUCUUAGGCAAGCGUAAAGGGCACCGUGAACGGCCUCGCAAUGCGGAGUACCCUCGAACAGUACACCGGGAUCUUCCUUCGAUUGCGGUGCACCGUAACACGUGCACGAUCUAAGAACAAUUUUAUCUCACGUAUGAACGUGUUCGAACGUUCGAUUCGUACAAUGAUUCUACGAUACGUCGUAUCGUAAUGGCUCUUUCCUUAUUACCUGGCUCUUUCCGUAUAAACGCAUUCUCGAAGACCUUGCAAUCGGGACAUGUGAAUCACCGUCGUAGUGACCGUCACGAGAACGCAGACCAGGGCGCACACAACGCCAACCGAGCCGCAGACUUUCAUCUGCAAUAAUUAAACGCAAAGACAUCCCCAAUGUCUUCCUUCCUUAUCGCUUCUUUAUCUGCAUUAGAUUUCCUACAUUGACUUUUUAUACUUCCAAAAGACCGUGCUGUGCUUUCGCCUUGC